AUGAAUCCUAACGAAAUCGUUACACAUAUUCCAUUUGAAACGCGUGUUCAUCAGCAAUGCAUCGGUCUGUCCGAUCUCACACUAUUGUCAUCCAUAGUCAAAGAAGUGGAAAAUGAGAAACUGUUGAGAAAUUAUACAAUUUGGAAUAUUCAACAUGAACUAGGUGAUAUGGCUGCACAAAUAGAAGCUCUAUUGGCUUUGGGCGCACUACCUUCGAAUCUUUAUUUUCUUCCACCGCCAUACACACACCACAAGGGCUUUGAACAGUAUAUUGUGGAGCAUUUUCGAGUACCAGUGGGAAAUUUCUUUCACGGAACACCGUACUGCUUAAGCUACAACUACGAAAAGUAUCGUUUGGCACAGGUUUUAUUUGAAUUGAAUCGAAUGAUGACGAUAGAACUAACGACAAAAACAGCGGUAGAAAUGAAAUUACUCGUAUCUGAUAGUGGUGGAUGUUUUUCUGAAGCACUGGCCUAUCUCUACGAGAUUGAUGAAGGCAGAUUAGAUCCAAAUCAACUUUUUGAAAAUGUUCCAGUAGCAUUUAAAAUGGAAAGAUCUGAUAUAUCACUGCUUCUAUCACACUUAGGAUCAAUCGAAAUUCGUCUGGUAGAAAAAACAUCACGUGGUCUUAUCAAAUAUGCUGAUCAGCCGAACAUUAAAAAAGCACUGUGCCGCAUUGGAACAUCGAUUAUUGAUGUGGCCUCUAGUCAACCCAAACGACAAAUCGAGCCAACGCUGAUUGGGGAAGCUUGUUUAAACAUGUUAUCUUAUUUAUUUUAUGAUGCUCCAAAGACACUACGAAUUUCAAAACCAUUAGAAUCACACAAAUGUCUCUUGCUCGGCUAUGGUGCUAUUGGACAAGCAAUCGCGCAUGCUUUAAUACAUGAUGAUGGCUUGAACAUUUUUUCUAAAGAUUCAGUUAAAGUUUGGGAUCGAGACCCAUCGAGAUGCCAAUUAGCACAGCAAGAAGGUUUUGAAAUAUUCGAUAAUUGGAAAAGUAACGAAGAAUUCGAUUAUGUAAUUGGGUGUACAGGUCGCUGUUCAUUACCGAUCUCGUCUUUUUCAUUACUUCGUAAUAACGCCUACUUAAUAAGUGUAUCAUCAGGAGCCGUUGAGUUUCCAGUGCACGAGAUGGUUCAAUGCGCACUGUCUGAUACUGAAAUCAGCAUAUCUAGUUCUAAUAUCGACGAGCUCGCAAGUGAAGAUAUUCAUCGUAAUAUUGAAUUUAGAAUCGGCAAUCGACGAAAAGUUACCGUUGUUAACGGUGGAAUGCCAAUUACAUUUCUAGGACUUCUGAAUCCAACAUUGCCAGAAAAAUUCGACAUCACUGUAAGUUGUGUAAUAGCAGCAAGUAUUCAAGCUGUUCGGCUACAUCCGCAAACAAACGAGGGAAAUCGUAUAAUACCGCUUGAUGCAACAUAUUCGACCUUGAUUUGUGAUUGGUUUAAACCUCGAGUCGAAUAA